CGCGUCAAGCCCUGGUUCUACAAGGACCCCCAGGGCCAGCACCAGGGCCCCUUCGAGGCGCCCCAGAUGCGCCAGUGGUUCAACGCGGGCUACUUCGACGACGACCUGCCCCUGCGCCAGGGCGAGUCCGGCGACUUCGUGCCGCUCGGCCGCCUCUUCUCCUCGCCGCAGGACGCGUUCGUCACGAAGCCG